CAGUUCAAGGCCAGCAUGUCUCUGCAGAGGAUGGUGCGCGUGUCCCUGGAGCAUCCCACCAGUGCCGUGUGUGUGGCUGGCGUGGAGACACUCGUGGACAUUUAUGGGUCAGUCCCCGAGGGCACAGAGCUGUUCGAGGUCUACGGAACCCCUGGCGUGGACAUCUACAUCUCUCCCAGCAUGGAGAGGGACCGGGAGCGCGCAGAAACCAGGCGAUGGCGCUUUGAUGCAGGGUUGCAAAUCAUCGUGGUCAUGAACUCUCCCAGCAACGACCUCAAUGACAGUCAUGUUCAGAUUUCCUACCAUUCCAGCCAAGAGUCCUUGCCCCUGGCCUGUGCGAUGCUGUACCUCACCUGUGUGGAUAUCACCCUGGAUUGUGACCUGAACUGUGAAGGCAGGCAGGAUGGGGGCUCUGUGGACAAGCAGCAGUGGGUCUGGGGACCUGAUGGGUACGGAGCCAUCCUGCUGGUGAACUGCGACAGGGACGAUCUGAACUGCGAUGACCAGGACAACUGUGACCGGCAUGUGCGCUGCCUGCAAGACCUGGAAGACAUGUCCAUCAUGGUCCUGCGGACCCAAGGCCCCGCUGCACUUUUCGACAACCACAAACUUGUCCUCCACAUCUCCAGCCAUGAUGCCAAGUGGGCACGGGUCUUCCACGCCUGUGGUCCCGAGGACUCGUGCAAGGCUUACAGGCACGUGCUGGGCCAGAACAAGGUGUCGUACGAGGUGCCCCGCUUCCACGGGGACGAGGAGCGCUUCUUCGUGGAGGGUCUCUCCUUCCCUGACGCCGGCUUCUCGGGGCUCGUCUCCUUCCACGUCACCCUGCUGGACGACUCCAAUGAGGAUUUCUCCGAAUCCCCCAUCUUCACCGACACCGUGGUGUUCCGCGUGGCGCCCUGGAUUAUGACGCCUAGCACCCUGCCGCCCCUGGAGGUGUACGUGUGCCGUGUGAAGAAUAACACGUGUUUUGUGGACGCGGUGGCGGAGCUGACCAGGAGGGCCGGCUGCAAGCUGACCAUCUGCCCGGAGGCUGAGAACCGCAAUGACCGCUGGAUCCAGGACGAGAUGGAGCUGGGCUACAUUCAGGCGCCACAUAAGACCUUCCCGGUGGUCUUUGACUCCCCCAGGAAUGGAGAACUGCAAGACUUCCCUUACAAAAGAAUCCUGGGUCCAGAUUUUGGCUACGUGACUCGGGAACCACGAGACAACUCUGUGAGUGGCCUGGACUCCUUUGGGAACCUGGAGGUCAGCCCCCCAGUGGUGGCCAACGGGAAGGCGUACCCCCUGGGGAGGAUUCUCUUUGGGGGCAACCUGCCUGGGUCAAGGGGCCGCAGAGUCACACAGGUGGUUCGGGACUUCCUCCACGCGCAGAAGGUACAGCCCCCUGUGGAGCUCUUUGUGGACUGGUUGGCCGUAGGCCACGUGGAUGAGUUUCUGAGCUUUGUCCCUGCCCCAGAUAGCAAGGGCUUCCGGAUGCUCCUGGCCAGCCCUAGCGCCUGCUUCAAGCUCUUCCAGGAAAAGCAGAAGUGGGGCCACGGCAGGGCCCUCCUGUUCCAAGGGGUUGUUGGCAAUCAGCAGAUCAGCACUAUCUCCAUCAACCAGGUCCUCUCCAGUGAAAACCUCAUCAGCUACAAUAAGUUUGUGCAGAGCUGCAUCGAUUGGAACCGGGAGGUGCUGAAGCGGGAGCUGGGCCUGACCGAGCGGGACAUUGUGGACAUCCCCCAGCUCUUCAAGAUGGAGAAGAGAAAGGCGGUGGCCUUCUUCCCUGACUUGGUGAACAUGCUGGUGCUGGGGAAGCACCUGGGCAUCCCCAAGCCCUUUGGGCCAAUCAUCAACGGCCACUGCUGCCUGGAGGAGAAGGUGCGGUCCCUGCUGGAGCCGCUGGGCCUCUGGUGCACCUUCAUCGACGACUUCACCCCAUACCACAAGCUGCACGGGGAGGUGCACUGCGGCACCAACGUGCGCCGGCAGCCCUUCUCCUUCAAGUGGUGGAACAUGGUGCCCUGAGCCCAUCUCCCCACCAUCCU